CGGCGUUCAUAUUAGCAAACUUUUAUAGCUAAAAUCUAAGAUGCGCCGAUUGCGAGAAAUUAGGGUUCAUAACGAGGGGCGGCUUCCAGAAUCGUGGCGCCAACGGCGUGCUUCGUUUCGAAUGUGGAUUUAUUUGAUCGAUGGGAUGCGGUUCCUCGUCGGUACGGCUCUGAGACUACGUCGAAUUCGAUCAAAUUGGAACCUCUCCUUCUCUUCCUCGGCCUCCCGCCGUGGAUCCCACCACCUCGAGCAAUCCCCGUCGGAGUUCGGUAUGGGCGACGCCGGAAAGAAGCUCGAAGAGUACACCAUCGUCAAAGAAGGGGAGGCGGAGAUCCUAUUGCAAUCCGGCAACAGAGUCUUCUAUAACAAAACCCAGGUUAAUAACAGAGAUAUGUCCAUUGCUGUUUUGAGAACUUUUAUCUCAAAAUGCAAGGAAGAACAUGCUGCAAAGUUUAGUAGAAAGGCACAUCUAGAAUCAAAGAUGCCUGAGUGUUCACCUCCAAGACCCAUAUCUGAGGAAUCAAGCGUUGUUCAAGAUGAAGAACCAAAUGAAGAUUGUGAAGUGAAACUAAAUCAGGCUCUAGAUGACAUGGAAACUAUCUCAAGAGAAUCUCAUAAGGCUAUUGCUUUAAAAGAAAUGGAAGAAUUCAAGGCUCCUAGAGUCCUUGAGGCUUUGGCUGCUUCUGGAUCAAGAUCUGUGAGAUACGCUCGUGAAGUUGAUGGACUCGGUCAAAUCGUGGCUCUAGAUUGUGAUAAAGUAUCUAUAGAAGCUUGCAAGAGAAAUGUACAAUUCAAUGGCUCCGUGGCAUCUUCAAAGGUGGAAGCUCAUCUUGCUGAUGCUCAAGUAUACAUGCUCACCCACCCAAAAGAAUUUGAUGUGGUUGAUCUUGAUCCUUAUGGAUCACCUUCUGUGUUCUUGGACUCUGCAGUCCAGACAGUUGCGGAUGGUGGUAUAUUAAUGUGCACGGCUACCGACCUAGCAGUGCUCUGUGGGGGCAACACAUCAGUUUGCUAUUCCAAGUAUGGUUCCUAUCCGUUGAAGGGAAAAUAUUGCCAUGAGAUGGCAUUGAGGAUCCUCCUUGCCUGCAUUGAGACCCACGCAAACCGUCAUAAGCGUUAUAUUGUUCCCAUCCUCUCUGUACACAUGGAUUUCUAUAUCUGGGUUUUUGUGCGCAUAUUCACUUCUGCUUGUGAAAUGAUGAACACUCCUCUUAAACUCUCAUAUGUCUAUCAAUGUGUUGGUUGUGAUUCUUUUCAUCUGCAAAGUCUUGGGAGGACUUCAAUUAAGAACAACAGUGUGAAGCAUGCACCGAGUUUUGGUCCCGUCGUUGCUCAAGAGUGCAGUAAUUGUGGGAAGAAAUUUAACAUGGGAGGACCUAUAUGGUCUGCUCCUAUGCAUGACCAAGAAUGGGUGGCUUCUAUGUUAACAAAUGUUAAAGCCAUGAAGGAUAGAUAUCCUGCAUACGAGAAAAUUUCAGCUGUACUUACAACAGUAUUGGAGGAGUUGCCUGAUGUCCCUCUAUUUGUCAGUCUUCACAACUUGUGCACCACUCUAAAAUGUACCCCUCCACCUGCUGCUAUGCUUCGCUCUGCAGUGAUUAAUGCUGGGUAUCGCAUAUCAGGCAGCCAUGUGAAUCCACUAGCACUCAAAACUGAUGCCCCAAUGGAUGUCAUUUUGGACACGAUGCGCUGCUGGGUCAACAAUCAUCCAGUGAAAGCUCGGUCUGCAUAUCAGCCAGGAACAGUGAUUCUUUCCAAAGAACCAACUCUACAGGCAAAUUUUGCUCAAUCAAUCGCCCCAUCCUGGAAAGCUCAAGCUGAGAAGGUGCGACGGUUCGUUCCGAACCCAGAGAGGAAUUUGGGUCCAAAGAUCAGGGGAGGCUGGCAGAUCAAAAUCAAGCAUGCUUCUACAUUGGGUCAAAAAAGUGUCAAUGGAUUAGUUAGCCAUGAAAAAAUAAAUGGACCUCGGGUGGUUGCACCGGAGACUGAUGACCCCAUUGGCCAGAAAGGAGACGAACCAGAUACAAAGCGCCAGAAAGAACUGUGAUGGUUCUGCCGCCAGUCAAGAUGACAAGGUUGAUCUCCAAGUAAUUCGGAAUCCUAAUGUAAUUCAUUUUUUGGUUAAGUUGUAUAAAAAACAGUUUAUUUGAUGUGAACGUACUAAAUCAGUUGAUUGCUUCUCAAGGACUUCCAAGA